CAUUGACCCACACUUGCUUGGCGCCCUCCUCAGGUAAUCUUGAAAAUGAAGUGUUGAGUCAAAAGCUCCCGAUUGCGUCACUGUAGGCAGACGAGCAGCAGCGGCCAUUUUAUUCCGCGUAAAACUUCAGCACUAAACAAAAAAAGGAAAUUGAGUCCUGUUUAUGUAAUAGUCUUAAGUGGACCAUUGAGCCAACGACUACGCUGAGGUGGGCAUUUUCAACCAUAAAGACUAAAGGUCGGUCUCCAUGGCUUAGAGAUUGAACACAAAGUCUGGUCACCCUCUGUUUCGUCCCUCUCUUACCAGCAUUAAGGACCGGCCCGCUGUUGCCCCUCUCCUGCCUGCUGGUCGCCAGGGCGGACGCCCCUGACCCCUCGGUGAGGAGAUGGAGGCCCUGGGGGACUCUGCCAUGCUGGGACUGCUGGCGUCCAGCCCGCAGAGCGAGGCGGUGACCCACGAGCUGGAGGAGCUGACCCUGCAGCCCAACCACAGCCUGCCUCCCCUCAACGAGCGCAAGAACGUGCUCCAGUUGAGGCUCCAGCAGACCUUGCAGCAGCUCGUGACCAGGGCAUCAUGCCCGCCCCUGAAGAGCCCGGCAGCGUUCCACGAGCAGAUCCGGAGCCUGGAGAGAGCCAGGACGGAAAAUUUCCUGAAGCACAAGAUCCGUAGUCGGCCCGAGAGGUCAGAGCUGGUGCGCAUGCACAUACUGCAAGAGACGCUCGCGGAGCCUUCUCUGCAGGCCACCCAGCUGAAGCUGAAGCGGGCACGGCUGGCCGAUGACCUUAAUGAGAAGCUGGCCCAGCGGCCCGGCCCUAUGGAGCUGGUGGAGAAGAACAUCCUGCCCGUGGACUCCAGCCUCAAAGAGGCCAUCAUCGAUGGGCAGAUGCAGUACCCAAAGACGCUGGAGUUUGAGGAGGACAGCAGCGACGCGCUCUCGCCGGAACAGCCGGCCAGCCAGGAGUCCCAGUGCUCCGCCCCGUCUCCAGCAGACACCAGGCUGCCAGAGACACCCUCUCCUAUAGCCAGCACCACAGCACGGCCGAGUCCCCCGGUCCCCCAGGCCGUGUCCGACUUCUUCAAGCCCUUCCCCAGCAGCGAGCCUCCGCCGCUGCUGCCGCCGCACCCCCCGGCCGCCCCCGCCAUCCCUCAGACGCCCACCACUCCUGCCCCGACAAAGCCCGCUCCCACGCUGGUGAAGCAAAGCCAGCCCAAGCUGCCAGGGGACAAGAGCCGCAGCAAGAAGAGCAAGGAGGCCAAGCCGCGCGUCAAGAAGCUCAAGUACCACCAGUACAUCCCGCCAGACCAGAAGCAGGAGCUCCACGAGGCGCCCAUGGACUCGUCCUACGCCCGGCUGCUCCAGCAGCAGCAGCUCUUCCUGCAGCUGCAGAUCCUCAGCCAGCAGCAGCAGCAGCACUACAACUACCAGGCCAUCCUGCCUGCGCCCAGUAUCAAGCCGGUAGUGGAGGGUCAGACUGGAGGUGCGGCGGUGGCUCUGAACAGCACCAGCAGUCUGCCCGCCUCCAUCGUGGUGUCACUGCCCACGGCUGCCCCUGCCGCGCCCACGGCAGCCCCUGCCAAACCCAACCACAACCCCAGCAACCGCAAGGUGGGCACGCUACCUGCCAACCUGGAAGAGAUGAAGGUGGCCGAACUGAAGAUGGAGCUGAAGCUGCGUGGCCUGCCCGUCUCUGGCACCAAGACGGACCUCAUUGAGCGGCUCAAGCCCUACCAGGACAGCCCCGCGCCGCCGACUCCCGCCAGCUCUGCUGCCGCGCUUGCCACCAGCACGCCAAUGGAGGUCUCCACGGCCUCUCUGUCUCCGGGCCAGCAUCCCCCCAUGGAGAGCAUGGCCUCCACGCCCCCCGUCUCCCCCAUGCCCACCGACCCCACCAAGGACGACCCCGCGGCGGGCCCGGACGGCCAGACGGGGACGGUCAACGGGCCGGCGCGGGCGCCGGAGGAGCGCGACCGGCAGCUGCACGAGAAGGAGCGGCAGAUCGAGGAGCUCCUGCGCAAGCUGGAGCACGAGCAGCGGCUGGUGGAGGCGCUCAAGAUGCAGCUGGAGGUGGAGAAGAGGAGCGGCGUCAGCCCCAGCCAAUCAGAGCCUCCUCCGCCAGCCCCGCCUCCCCUGCCGCCUCCUCCUCUCGUCCUGAGCGCCUCCUCCUCAGAGAGCGGCCCCCGCGGCGGUCCCGCGCCUCUGUUCGCCGCCGUGUCCCCGGUAAAGACUGAGCACCGCGCGCCGGCCAACUGCACGCUGGGGGGACAGGGCUCCCCGCGCCUGGUCAAGCUGGAGGAGGCGCACGCCACCCAGGUGAACAGCAUCUCCGCAGCGCCUCCGCCCCAGCCCCAGCCUCAGCAGCUGCCCCAGUUCCUCAUCAGCCACCAGGGCAUGCAACAGGUGCUGACCCAGCCGCAGGCCGCCCUCAUCGCCGCCCAGCACGCCGGCUCGCCCAUCGUGCUGCCCGUCUCGCUGCCCAACAACACGGGCACCAUCCAGCUGCCCACCGUCACCAGUGUCAAACUACAGCCCAUCCUCCAGGCGACGGUGUCCCCCCAGACCCCCGGCCUGAUCCAGACCCCCGUGGCCCAGCUUCAGCCCCCUAAACCAGAGAGCCCCUCCGCCCAGCAGCUCUCCAACCACAACCACUUAGUACAGACACUGCCUGUGUGCACCACUUCUGGCUUCCAGCACUGCCUCACUGAGAGCCGGGUAGGCCCAGAGGGGCCCCAGUGUUUCCUGAGCACCUCCCCAGACAACAGGCUCUCUCCCCGGGGCUCUCCUGGACACGUCUCCAAUGGCCCUCUGAGCAAGUCCCCAGUCCAGUCCCAGCCCACCUUCAUCCUGCAGCCCACCACCUUCGCCAGCAUCCCCAAGAGCAAAGAGCCGCCAGCCUAUGAGGACGCAGUCAAACAGAGUCGCAGCAUGCAGAACGCUGCUCUCGCACAGGUUCCCACGGCAACCAGUCAGCAAAUGGACGACCUGUUUGACAUCCUGAUCGAGAGCGGAGAGAUUACGCCCUUCAGUCCCCACGAGCCCUCGGUGCCGAAGCUGAUGCCCGUCACCGCCAGUGUCACCACGCUGCCCGUCAACACGGCGCUCUCGCGGCCGCCCGCCCACGUGCAGUUGGCGCCGCCGCCGCAGGUCCUGUGCGGCGACCCGAUGCCCAGCCUGGCGGCGCUGGCCUCCGACAACCAGCUGGAGGCGCUGCUGGACGGGGCGUUGCACGACGCCGAGCCGCGGCUGCUGGAGGACCUGCAUGCGCAGCUGAUGGGCGACGCGCAGCACCACCACCACCACGUGUCGCCGGGGACAACGGUGGCGUCGCACUCGCCCAUGGACACGUCGGACCUGGGUUUCAGCGAGAGCGGUUGCGGACCGGGCCCCUCCAGCUCGUCCUCGUCCUUCAGCCUGCAGGAGGCCGGCCUGGACAGCAUGGAGUGGCUGGACCUGACCAUGCCCGGGCCCAUGGGCACGCUCAACCCACUGGGCAUGGCCGCAGACUUCCUGGACACGCACGAUCUGCAGAUGCCCUGGGACUGAGGGCUCCAGCCCACCCCCACACACACACCCACCCACCCCUCUCCAUCUGUGUCCAUCUCUCUUUUCUUACUGCUCUCUCUUCCUCAGCUACAUUCACUUUAGCCCUGAGGAAGGUGCUGGAUUUGUACUGGAGAGGGUCGUUGGGUGAGUUGGGUUGAGUUCAGCUCAGCUGUGCUGCGGAUGAAGUGUGAGUGUGUGCGUCUCCCAAGUGGCCAUGCCAGUCUUCAUACUGCAAGAGACCCACCCACAUGUUUUGCCUGCUUGCCCCCGCCACCCUUUACACACACACACACACACACACACACACACACACACACACACACACACACACACACACAUACAAACACACACACAAACACUGCUCACUCCCCUACACACAUCCAGAGCCUGAGGGUAUGUCACCACCUCUGAAUUGCCUCUCUCUGUUGGGCCUGUGUUCACCCAGUGUCCCUCGGUGGGGCAGGAGUGCUCUCAAAUCUCGCCGAUCACCUUGCAGUCUGACAACACUUAAUAAUUCAUUCAUUCUCGGACAAGCUGACAAGGGAGAGCUUCUAAUUUCCUUCAGACACAGUGGGCUGAAUGCCACCCUUGUGUGGCACAGAGCAGGCAAACCCAAGACCUACGAGUACUUUAGUCUCUGAGUUAAGAUGUUGCAAUCUCUAAACAUCAUCAUCAUCAUGCCUGAUGCAUCCGUUGAGUGGUGUGUUUCAGAUGGAGAUGAACGACCAAGUGUGGUUUCAGGAGAGAAACAACAGAGGUUUGACUGUUUUCAGAUGAAUGUUCUAGACUAUGUCUCAACAGCCGUGUAGCUGUAAAGAAAGGAAAGUGCUAGAUUUGCAGCAAAAAUACAAACCCAUUUUGGGUUGUUUACGAUGAACACAUUGAGGGAUAAAAAAAACAAAAAGGAAAAAUGCUUGCCAACAUGCAAAGCUGAACACCCCCUCUAGUGAUGGACUGUCCUACGGGGUGGUCUGGACUGUCUGUGCCAUAAGACUGAUUCUCAGCUAAGAUGGACUCUAUCAUCAUCUCAGUUGUGAAGAAGGAUACAGGAACUGUGUCUGCUAUUCACUUCAUCUGUGGUAUUUGAAGGUCUCCACCGAACUAAACCACAGAACUAAAUCAAGGACGCAGUACGUUGGCACGUGAAACUAACCACAGUUUCACCCACACACAUUCUCCACUGCUCCCAACAGUUUUCCAUACAUCGCAGUGUCUCCUGUUACUUGACCAAGGAGACAUUUGUUUUUCAUUUCCAUUUCUUUUGUUUUUGUUUAACAUGCAUCUGAGUGGAUGGACAGAUUUCCGAGCUCAUUCGCCUUUUGCUGUAGCCGUGUGCAGAGCAAGUGCCGACCAAGAGGGACGGUUUCAUGGCAACCACCACCACUACACCCCUUCAUCACUAGAAAAAAAAGCCCUCACUUGCACACGUCAUGCUUCCUCGUAGUAGUUGUUGUUCUUUUGAGUGUGUGUGUGUGUGUGUGGGCAGUCCGCACACUCAUUUCACCUGCGUUAUAGUGUGUAGUCCAGGAUUGCACUGAAGGUGAGGCAGAUCAUGGGCCACUGCAUACCUCAACCACUGAUCCUUCACUGAGCUGGCUAGAACACACGGGGCAUGAACCAUCUAUCUGUUUAGUUUGUCCUUCGUUUGGUUUGUUUUUGGACUUUAACUGACUUAACCAGACAGACUGUUUCAGCUGCUGUAGAACAAUGGCAAUUAGAGAACUGUAAUGUAAAUACAGCCAGGCUUCUUGGAGGACGAAUUUGCUUUAAUGUGUGUGUGUGUGUGUGUGUUUGUGUGUGUUGUCUGGACCAAUCAUAGUCUCUAGAGGACAAAUCCGUCUUUGUCUGUAAGAGAUGUGCCUCCGAAUAGCAAGAAAUUGCAGUCAAUGGGCUGCCAUGGCAUUUAUAGUGCACUACCAUGUUUGGUAUUUAGACUUUAAAUUCACAGUCAAUCAUGUAAGCCCGAGACAAAAUCUGGUCUUAAAUCUUCCUAUACAGUAUCUGACUGGACAUUUGAGCUUUAUAGAAUUUAUUUUUUCAAACUCUACAUUGGCUUGCUGACACUUACUUUCCCUUCUACAUGCUGUUGGUCACGUCUAAUGCUGUCAUGAUGACGGAGAUAGUGCUGGUCACCUUUGGCAGCUCCAUGAGUUUUUCUGAUAGGAACCGCCGCUCCGUCUCGGGGGGGUCAUGUGACCUCUCAACUGCAUUAAUAGCAAUGCAAAGUUACGCACACAGACCAACACACAAACCCAAAACAAAAAGUUGCAUCCAUGCACAGACACAGCCACCAGGACAAGCAGGUACAAUGGAUUUGACUAUAGGCAGAAGGGGAAUAUCGUGGAAAUGGAGAUAAUCCCCGUCUGCCUAUAGUCAAAUCCAUUAUACCUGCUUGUUCUGGUGGGUGUGUGCAUGGAUGCAACUUUUUCACAUGGGUAUGUGUGUUGGUGUGUGUGCGUUAACUUUGUAUUGCAUUUACCCAAGUUUUCUCCAGCUCAUUCCCCCCACCACUUUCAUCAUAGUCGACUAUUUUUACUUAAAGAAGAUGAUGUGCUAAUUGACUGGAAAGAAUUUGCCCGAGAGUCCUUUCAGCUACUGUAAAUGGCAACUCCAUGUAGAACUGAAGGCCUUUGUGUCACCUAGGACAAGUGUCCAAACAGUAGGCCAUAAUUGGACCUGGCAAACAUUCUAAAGAUGCUGUCUUUAAUAGUAAUUUAUUGAUAAUGUAGGCUAACUAACAACUGCCUUGCCAACCUCUAAGGUGGUUGUAUUGAAAUCGAGAUGAUUGGGGACCCAGUCACUGGUCCUGAGUAAGAAUGAAUCACAUUCACCCAUACAGCAAACGUCAUCUUUGUACUGAUCUGAACAUUUUCAAUCAGUACUUUCAUUAGAAGUAAUAUUAUGCAAAAAGUUUUCUUAGGGGUUAAAAUGCUGACUAAGAUCCUAAGAUCUCCUUUCCUCUGUUCAGAUAGAGGUUUAAGCAGUCAUCGGAACAGUCAAUGACUAAUUAAAAGCGCUUCGACACUGAUUGUGAACAGUCUAUACUCGUGCAUGAGAGCAUGCAAGCAACCUUUACCCGCCCCUAGGCAUUACUAACUCCUAUAGACAUCCCGACAAUUGCGCUUACCUCACCUCCAUUCAGAAGCAAUACUUGAUACAGUCACCUGAGAGUUCUACUUCUACUCCUGCCGCUUUCUGGCAGUCAGACUCAGUCCUGGCAAGGCUUCGAUUGGAUCAUCACGCAGACUACGAGCACUUUUUUGCUGCAGCAAUCAUGAAAAGAAACAAGCACCUUUAGUAUUGAUGGUGUUUCUUUGUCAAGGUCUUGUCUUUCUGUCUAUGUUUUGGAAGAGGUGCGGUGUGUGUGUGUAUGUGUGUGUGUGUGCGUGUGUUUGUGUAUAUGUGUGUAUGUGUGUGUGUGUGUGUGUGUGUAUGUAUGUGUGUGUGUGUGUAUAUGUGUGCAUGUCUGUGUUUGAGCGUGUGGAUUGUGCUUUGGUCUGUUUUUCGCUGAAGCUUGCGGUCAUCACAGUAGUUCUGUUUGUCCAGUCAUGUUCGGCUUGUGUCGAAGGCUCUGUACUGUUGUUUACCCAACACAUUGACAAAGUCACGCCCUGGAAACCUGGGCUCAAAAGUUGGUAUGAUGCCAAAUACAUGCUUGUUGCAUGUCAAGAGCCUAUAGCUCAUAUCUAGAUAAAAAGGCCCUAUCGACGGGUCUGAUAUCAUGAAAGAUCAUACCUAGAGGCCUUCCCAGAUGACAUGCCACAUUGCCCUGCCAUAGUGCAGGUUGGGGGAUUGCCAUGCAUGUUUGUUAUUUGUAUUGCUACAAGGUAAAUAAAAACAGAAACAAAAAUAGAGCCAUAGUUGCCAAAGAGAAAUAUUGGGAAAUAUCUGGGGAUGGUCAGUGAUAAACUUUUUUAAAUCAUUGUUUAUAAAAAAAAAAAGCUGUUUUUUGAAAGAAAGAAAAAUAUCAUAAUAAAUGGUUUUAUGGUAUUGCUCAUGGAUGAUGUUUAUCCUUUUUUAUGAAAAUAUUUCAUAUCUUGGUUUGGCUACAAGCUGGUCCGAAAUGCACGAAAGUAAAGCGUCACCAAGUGGAAGGGACAGUCUGGACGAGGCGAGCAAAGCAAUAAGUCUUUCCACCGUGUGGCCCUGCCACACUGUUACCAAGGCUUCAUAUCAUUACACUGCCUUCGUCUCCUAUCAGAGCCACACAAACAAAUUACCAAAUCUUCUUUUGUUCGGUUAAACGAUGACAAGGGACUCCACUCGUCUUGUCUGUGUCCAGCCUCUCUUCUCCCUUCUGCUUGGACCACUAGGAGUCACAGCAAUCCCCCCCACCCCUACCCCUCAUUUUCGCAUUGUUUUGUAUUAUUAUAAAUACUGUUAUGGUUUUGUUGUUAUGGAUGUUUUUUUUUUAUUUUCUGCCAUCUCUGUCCUGCUUUCAGUCCUCUUCUAGCCUCCUGUAGUCGGUCUGUAAUGUGUGUUUCUAUAGCAGAGGUGGAGAAAAGGAAUGAGGAAGUAUAGAGAGGGAGAAAGAGAGAGAGAGAGAGAGAGAGAGAGGGCAGACCCAGGCCAGCUCUGUAUCAUCUCUCCUCUCUGAGAGAGGCUGGAUCAUCUGUAUGCCAUACGUUUUGCACAUUGUGUAUAUAUUUUAAUGGAUGUACUGUAAUGCAUAUUUUUAUACAUGUUUACGCAUCCAUGAGCUCUUCUGUGUAAAUAGUUCUAAGGGAUGGAAAGAAAAACAAAAUGAAACAAAAAAAAUGAUCUAUAUAUGCUGUUAUGUGUCAAUAAAAUUUGAUGUACUGUGAACGUGA